AUGUCGACAUCUCCAUUCGAUGAGAUCAGCCACGGGCUCAGCCGCGCGUUCGAGUUCAUCGUCGACCCGUUCCACCUCAAGAAGAAACCUGCCAAGGAGGCGACCGCGCCGUUCGACCAGCCCUACCUCGAGCCUACUCGAUGGUUCCUCACAGAAGAAGAAAUGAAGACGUCCCGCAACGGCCACGAGCGCCAGGGCAUGCACCUCUACUCCAAGGGCAACCGCGUCAAGCUGUACGUCGCGACUGCGGGCUACUUCAGCGACGUAGCCGACGACAUGAUGACGGUCCACCAAGGAGACCUCGUGUACCUCACCGGUUGGGGCACCUGCAACGUCCCGUUCAAGCCGCACGAGCCGGACACGAAGCUCUGCGACUUGGCUGAGGCCGCCGUCAAGCGCGGAGCCGACUGGCGCAUGCUCGUCUGGUCCAACCUCACUGAACGAGCACAGAACCACGAGGUGCGCGACCUCAUCAACGCGCUGCCCCCGCCGGAGCAGAACGGCCCCGCGCGCUUCGUGUACGAUGAUCGUCUCCCAUUCCCCACUUCCUCGCACCACCAGAAGUCGGUGAUCGUGCGUAAGGGCCGCGACCUCGUCGCCUACGUGGGCGGCGUGGACUUGACCAACGACCGUUGGGACACGCUCGAGCACGACCAGGCCGAGCUGCGCGAACGCACGGGCAUCAAGUGCCUGUGGAACGGCUGGCUUGACGCCCACGCCCGCAUUGAGGGCCCCGCCACGAAGGACGUGGCCUGCAACUUCCUCGACCGCUGGAACUCGCGCGACAAGCCGUCGCAGGACCUCAUGGACGACCUGCUGGACUUCGAGAACCCCGAGUUUUCGGAGCUCCCGCCCAUCGACGAGAGCGCGACGCCGCUGGACAUCCCCACGGACGGCACCCACGCCGUGCAGCUGUGCCGCACGUUCAGCCCGGACUACGACCACUACAACUUCGCGCCGCAGGGCGAGCAGUCCAUCUUCCACGCGCGCAUCAAGGCCAUCCGCAACGCGCAGAACUAUAUCUUCAUCCAGGACCAGUACUUCAUCCUGGUGCCGGAGCUGCUGGAGGCCAUCAUGGACAUGAUGCCCAGCAUCGAGCGCCUCAUUGUUAUCAUGCAACGUACCGUGGAGGCGGAGUACACCGGAUACGCCAAGUAUCUCUACGACAUGGUCAAUCCGAUUCAGGAGGCGUACCCGGACAAGUUCAAGCUCUAUUCGACCAAGGAAGCUCGCCAGCUGUACAUCCACAGCAAGCUGGUGAUCGUGGACGACGUCAUGACGAGCGACACGGAGAUCGGCAUCAACAUUGUGGACACGGAGCUGGUGCAGUCGCCCGACAACAUCACGGUCAACAAGCUGGCCCGUAACUUCCGUAUCCAGAAGUUUAUGGAGGCGACAAAGCUCACGUACGACGAGCUGAACGCCAUGACGUUCCUGGAGGCCUGUGACGCGCUCGAGGCCGCCGCCCACGACGAUGGUUUCAGUCUCAUCGAGCCGUACGGCGUGGAGUUUAAGCCACAGUUCAACCUCGUGUCGGACGGUCUGCGCCAGAUCGUGGAUCCUGACGUGGUGCCUGAAGACGACCCCGCCAAGAAGAUCAAGAACUUCAUGAACAACCUCGGACCCAAGAAGGCGGAGUCGUAG